AUGGAUCAGAUAUCUCUCAAUCACGAGGCCUCAGCCGGCGAUACUCAUAAACAGAUAGUUUCGACGCUGCCACCGGAGGUCGUGCAAUGCCUUGAGAAUGCUCGCUUCCUUCACCUCGCCACCUGCAUCGAUAACCAGCCGCACGUCUCGUUAAUGAACUAUACCUAUAUCCCUUCCUCGCAGUAUUCCUCGGCCCCGGUCAUCGUCAUGACCACGAACCCUUCGUCGAAGAAGACCAAUAACUUGGUCCUUAAUCCCAAUGUCUCGUUAUUGGUUCACGACUGGGUUUCGCAUAGACCGCCGACCCAAGGCCGGCGCAUGUCAGGCGGCUCGCCGGGCCCGGAACAUAGGUCGAGUCUGGCAUCACUACUAUUGAACUUGAACACGAGCGCCAUAUCUAGCAUCAGCGCGACCAUCAACGGGACGGCCGAGCUUGUGGCGCGCGGGUCCGACGAGGAGACGUUCUACCGGAGCCAGCAUCUCGAGAACAACACGUUCGACCCCGAAGGAGGCCACGCCGCGUUUGCUGGGAAUGGCGGGCAGGGUCAGACGCAAGCCGCGAACGGUGGACAGGAGGAUGGUGGUCGCGAGUGCUUUGUUGCGGGCGAGGAGGUUAGGGUCAUUCUGGUGCAUGUUAAGGAUAUACGGACGAGCGAUUGGAAGGGUAGUGUUAAGGAUUGGGUCCUAGUGCCUGCAGGUGGUGCGGCGGAGACGGUCAAUGGCGUAUAA